ACGCAGAUCCUGCAAACCGCCGACCCAGCUCGGAAGGUGCAGCUCACAACUGAAGCCAUUUCGCGCUGGUAUUUUGAGCGAGUAACGCCCAAGCUGGCUCUGCCUGACCAACCGCCCCAGGAUGCUGCCUUGGAGAUUGUGGAACCACAUCGCAUGAAAUUGGGCAAGGGCGGCUCCUUACAGAGUCGGAUUGCGAUUUUGCAUUCGCUGGCCGCCAUCGAACUGCACGCCGUCAAUCUAGCAUGGGACAUUAUUGCUCGCUUUGGCAGCCAUGCCAUCGUGGAAAGCCUGCCGGCCACCUUGCCUCGCGACUUUUACUCCGAUUUCGUGACCGUGGCCGAGGAUGAAUGUCGCCAUUUCAACAUGCUUGCAGCCCGCCUCAAAGACCUGGGCUCCUAUUUUGGUGCUCUUCCUGUCCACAACGGCCUAUGGCAGAGCGCUGAAGAAACAUCCAACUCUCUACUGGCGCGCUUGGCCAUUGUACACAUGGUACAUGAAGCUCGUGGCUUGGAUGUCACCCCCAACACCAUUGAGAAGUUCCGACGCAAUGGCGACACUGAAAGUGCCAACAUGCUGCAGACCAUCUAUGAGGAAGAAAUUACCCACGUUGCCGCUGGCAUGCGCUGGUUUCGGCAACAAACGGGUGACCUCGAGGAGGAAAGUGAUCGCAUUUCCGUCUUCCACCGCACCGUGCUCAAGUACUUUCACGGCGUGCUCAAGCCACCCUUCAACGAUGCGGGACGUGCCCAAGCUGGAUUUACCGAAGACUGGUAUCUGCCGCUCGUGCAACGCGCCUCAGACAAUGGCGCGGACAAAUCUACCGCCAAUUAG